UCAGGUGACUCAGACAUGGAAGACAGAAGACCUCGGCCAGAGGCCAGGCCCAGGAAUCCUCAGAACAACCACAGAGGGCCUGCGGAUGGAGAACUACCACCAAGAGCUAGAAAUCAGGCCAAUCACCCCGCUGCCAACGCUCCCAGAGGAGGUGCCAGCCAGCCUGGAAGGCGCCCUCGGGUUACCAACCAUCCUGAUGCUUCCCGGCAGAGGGAAGAGAGAUUCGGGGCCAUGGGCAGGAACCCCCAUCAGGCAAGGAGGAACCAUGAGGGGCAAGCCAAUGAGGAGGCGCGAGGCCAGCGGCAGAGUCAGGAGAACGACACCAGGCGGAGAAACGGCAACCAGGAGGGACGGGGCCGCAGACCACCGCGGCCCAGUGAAAACUUCCAUCAGUGGCGGGCCCCCUUCCAGAAGCCUGCGGAACAGCAACAGCUGGUGAAGAGACUGGGCUACAAGUUUCUGGAAGGUCUGCUCCAGAAGGACCCGUCUGAGGUGGUCAUCACGCUCGCCACGAGCCUGGGGCUGGAGGAGCUCCUGUCGCAUUCGUCCAUGAAAUCCGACUUCCUUGAGCUCAUCUGCCGGGUUCUCCGGAAGGCAUGCAGCUCCAGAAUGGACCGGCAGAGCAUCCUUCACGUCCUGGGCAAACUGAAGAACUCGGAAUUCCUCAGAGUCUUCCUGCCUGCGUACGUGGUAGGGAUGAUCACCAAACCCAUUCCCGACGUUCGGAACCAGUAUCCGGAACACAUCAGCAACAUUGUCUCCCUCCUCCAGGACCUUGUAAGUGUGUUUCCUGCCAGCUCUGUGCAGGUAACGUCCAUGUUUGUUUCCCUCCUUCCAGCUUCUCUUAAUGCUUUGAGGGCCUCUGGUGUAAACAUAGAAGAAGAGACGGAAAAGAGCCUGGAAAAGGUACAGACCAUCGUUGAACAUCUGCAGGAAAAGAGGCGAGAGGGCACGUUGCGAGUGGACACUUUCACUCUCGUGCAGCCCGAGGACGAGGGCAGCGUGGAGAGCUACCGCACCAUGCCCAUCUACCCAACCUACAGCGAAGUGCACAUGGACGAGAGGCCCUUCCUUCGCCCCAACAUCAUCUCCGGGAAGUACGACAGCGCCGCUGUCUAUCUGGACACCCACUUCCGACUCCUCCGAGAGGAUUUCGUCAGACCCCUCCGGGAAGGGAUUUUGGAACUUCUUCAGAGCUUCGAAGACCAGGGCCUGAAGAAGAGGAAGUUUGAUGACAUCCGGAUUUACUUUGACACCAGGAUUAUCACCCCCAUGUGUUCUUCCUCAGGCAUCGUCUACAAGGUCAAGUUUGACACAAAACCCCUGAAGUUCGUUCGCUGGCAGAAUUCCAAGCGGUUGCUCUAUGGGUCCCUAGUGUGCAUGUCAAAGGACAACUUUGAGACCUUUCUUUUUGCCACCGUAUCUAACCGGGAGCAGGAAGAUCUCUGCCAAGGGAUUGUCCAGCUCUGCUUCAAUGAGCAGAGCCAGCAACUCCUCGCAGAGGUCAAGCCCUCUGACUCCUUCCUCAUGGUCGAGACAACUGCAUACUUUGAGGCCUACAGACACGUCCUGGAAGGACUCCAGGAGGUCCAAGAGGAAGAUGUUCCCUUUCAGAGAAAUAUCAUAGAGUGUGACUCUGAUGUGAGUGAACCAAGGUACUUGCUGAAGGGGGGCACAUAUGAUUUCACUUCCUUGAUUGAGAAUCCCUCAGCCACGGGGAAAUCUCUGAGGAACGCCGAGGUCUUGAGACGUCGUCCAGUUAAUAUCUUAGACCCCAGCCAGUGGCCCUCAAAGGAAGCCCUGAGACUGGAUGACUCCCAGAUGGAAGCCUUGCAGUUUGCUCUCACGAGGGAACUGGCUAUCAUUCAGGGACCUCCUGGAACAGGCAAAACCUAUGUGGGUCUCAAAAUUGUUCAGGCCCUUUUAGCCAAUGAACAUGUUUGGCAAGUUAGUUACCAGAAAUUCCCCAUCUUGGUGGUUUGCUACACCAAUCAUGCUUUGGACCAGUUUCUAGAAGGCAUCUACAAGUGUCAGAAGACCAGCAUCGUGAGGGUGGGUGGAAGAAGCAACAGUGAAAUCCUGAAGCAGUUCACCCUGAGGGAGCUGAGGAACAAGCGAGAAUUCCGUCGCAAUCUCCCCAUGCACCUCAGACGGGCCUACAUGAGCAUCAUAACAGAGAUGAAGGAAUCCGAGCAGGAGCUGCACGAAGGGGCGCAGACCCUGGAGUGCACCAUGCACGGCGUGCUGCGGGAGCAGUUUCUGGAGAAGUACAUCUCCAGCCAGCACUGGCAGAGCCUGAUGAACGGGCCCGUGCAGGAUACUGAAUGGGUCCUCUUCCAGGGACGGAAGCAUUCCAUGAUGCUGGAGUGGCUGGGUCUGGGUAUUGGUUCUUUCACCCAGAGUGUUGGUUCAGCAGGGCCUGAGAAUCCAGCCCAGGCAGAAGGGGAGGACGAGGAGGAGGAAGGUGAGGAGGAGGCCUCGCUGAUCAAGAUUGCUGAGGAGGCCGACCUGAUUCAGGCAGAUCGGGUGAUCGAGGAGGAGGAAGUGGUGAGGCCCCGGCGGCAGAAGAAGGAGGAAAAUGGAGUGGACCUGGUGGCACAGAUGCUUUUGGCCUUGAGGCUGGACAACCCCGGCCAAGGGGCAGCAGCUGUGCAGGAGCAAGCCACAGGAGAGUGGCAGACCCAACGCGGUCAUAAAAAGAAAAUGAAGAAGAGAGUGAGGAACGAGCUUCUCAAACUGAACACCAUGACUGAGGCUGAGGCCAGUGAAAUCCAGGACAUUUGGCAGCUGGACCUGAGUUCUCGAUGGCAGCUGUACAGGCUGUGGCUCCAAAGGUACCAGGCUGACACCCGCCGCAGGAUCCUCAACUUUGAGCGGCAGUACCGCACAUCAGCAGAGAGGCUGGCUGAGCUGAGGCUCCAGGAAGACCUCCACAUCCUUAAAGAUGCCCAGAUCGUGGGCAUGACAACCACAGGUGCUGCCAAAUACCGCCAGAUCCUGCAGAAGGUGGAGCCUCAGAUCGUGAUAGUCGAAGAGGCUGCUGAAGUGCUGGAGGCCCACACCAUUGCUACGCUGAGCAAAGCCUGCCAGCACCUCAUUCUGAUUGGGGACCACCAGCAGUUGCGCCCCAGUGCCAACGUGUAUGAUCUGGCCAAGAACUUCAACCUCGAAGUGUCCCUCUUUGAACGGCUGGUGAAAGUAAACAUUCCUUUUGUCCGUCUGAAUUACCAGCACCGCAUGCGCCCUGAAAUUGCCCGGCUUUUGACCCCUCACAUUUACCAGGAUCUGGAGAACCACCCCUCUGUUCUCAAGUAUGAGGAGAUUAAGGGGGUCUCUUCCAACAUUUUCUUUAUCGAACACAACUUCCCUGAGCAGAAAAUUCAGGAAGGCAAGAGCCACCAGAACCAGCACGAGGCCCAGUUUGUGGUGGAGCUGUGCAAGUACUUCCUGUGCCAGGAGUACCUGCCCUCGCAGAUCACCAUCCUCACCACCUACACCGGCCAGCUCUUCUGUCUGCGCAAGCUCAUGCCCGCCAAGACAUUCGCGGGGGUCAAGGUCCACGUCGUGGACAAAUACCAGGGCGAGGAGAACGACAUCAUCCUCCUCUCCCUAGUGCGCAGCAACCAGGAGGGCAAGGUGGGCUUUCUCCAGAUCUCCAACCGCAUCUGCGUGGCCCUGUCGCGGGCCAAGAAGGGGAUGUACUGCAUCGGGAACAUGAAGAUGCUGGCCAAGGUGCCCCUGUGGAGCCGCAUCAUCCACACGCUUCGGGAGAACAAGCAGAUCGGCCCCGCCCUCCAGCUCUGCUGCCAGAACCACCCGAAAACCUACACCUUGGUGUCCAGAGCUGCUGACUUCCAGAAGGUGCCCGAAGGAGGCUGCAACCUGCCCUGCGAGUUCCGGCUGAGCUGUGGGCACGUCUGCACCCGGGCCUGCCACCCCUACGACUUCCUGCACAAGGAGUUCCAGUGCAUGAAGCCCUGCCAGAAGGUCGUCUGCCCAGACGGGCACCGGUGCCCCCUCGUUUGUUUCCAGCAGUGUCGGCCCUGCGAGGUCAAGGUCCUCAAAACCAUCCCUCGGUGCGGCCACCAACAGAUGGUCCCUUGUUCUGUGCCUGCGUCCGAAUUCUGCUGCCAGGAGCCUUGCCCCAAGUUCCUGAAAUGUGGGCACAGAUGCAGUGUCCCGUGUGGUGAGAAAUGCGUGCAGUGGUGCUCAGAAAUGGUCACCACGGAACUCAAAUGUGGGCACAGCCAGCAGGUGGAGUGUGAGCAGGUGGACGCCAUCAGGUACGCGUUGCCAGUGCAGUGCACCACCAAGUGCAGCGCCAUGCUGGACUGUGAGCACCCCUGCCCCGGCUCCUGCCACAGCUGCUUCGAGGGCCGCUUCCAUGAGCGCUGUCAGCAGCCCUGCAAGCGCCUGCUCAUCUGCUCCCACAAGUGCCAGGAGCCCUGCACCGGCGAGUGCCCGCCCUGCCAGCGCGUCUGCCAGAACCGCUGCGUCCACAGCCAGUGCCAGAAGAAGUGCGGGGAGCUGUGCAGCCCCUGCGUGGAGCCCUGCGUCUGGCGCUGCCAGCACUACCAGUGCACCAAGCUCUGCUCCGAGCCCUGUGACCGGCCUCCCUGCUACGUGCCUUGUACCAAGCUCUUGGCCUGCGGCCACCCCUGCAUUGGGCUAUGCGGGGAGCCGUGUCCCAAGAAGUGUCGCGUCUGUCACCAGGAAGAGGUUACUCAGAUCUUCUUUGGCUUCGAGGAUGAGCCCGAUGCCCGCUUCGUGCAGCUGGAAGAUUGCAGCCACAUCUUUGAGGUCCAAGGCCUGGACCACUACAUGAAUGAACAGGAGGAGGAUGAAGUGGCUAUCAGGUUAAAGGUCUGCCCUAUGUGCCAGGUGCCCAUCCGCAAAAACCUGAGGUACGGAACCAGCAUCAAGCGGCGGCUAGAAGAGAUUGAGGUGGUGAAGCAGAAGAUCCAGGGCUCCGCAGAGGAAAUCAAAGCCAGCCAGGAGCGGCUCAAGGCCCUGCUCGAGACGAAAACACUCUUCUCUGAGUGGCUCCCUGAAAACUUGACGAUGCUGAAGAAGAAACUGGACCAGAAAAACCUGUCCGUCAAGGGCCUGGCGCUUGUGGAGAAUUCCAUCAGCUUCUAUGACCGCUUGGCAAACCUGUGGAAUUCCCUAGAAAGGGUGCCCGUCUAUGAGCAACACAACGUACGUACUCGACUACGCCAGGUGCACGAGUGGCUAGAAAAGAAGCGCUUGAGCUUCACCAGCCAGGAACUGGGUGACCUCCAAAGCGAAAUACAGAGGCUCACCUACCUCAUCAACCUCCUGACGCGCUGCAAGGUGGCAGGGGGGAAGCUGAGCGGUGAGGUAGCAGAGGAGGUCCAUGGCGUCCGCAAGAUACUCACGGGUACGUCCAAGUUCACGCGGGAGGAUGAAGAGCUGGUGCAGAGGAAGCUGGAAGCGCUGAAAGGCAGCCUGCCCUGCUUUGCCCUGGGUAUCUCGGAGGAGGAGCGAGUGCAGAUCGUCAGCGCCAUGGGCUUUCCUCGUGGCCACUGGUUCAAGUGCCCCAACGGCCACGUCUACGUGAUUAGCGAGUGCGGCGGAGCCAUGCAGAGGGGCACGUGUCCUGACUGUAAGGCGGUGAUUGGCGGCGAACGUCACACUCUGGAGAGUAGCAACCGGCUGGCGUCGGAGAUGGAUGGAGCCCAGCACGCGGCAUGGUCCGAAACCGCCAACAACCUGCUCGACUUCGAGGAGAUCCGACGGCUGAUGUAG